AGGCGGCGUGUAACUUCGGCAUCCUUUUGCUGUAACAGUCAUACACGUUUCUCUCUCUUUCCUCUUCUUUUCCAAAUUUCCAUUUCAAUCACAAUCACUUUUUACUUCCUUCUUUCAAACAAACCCUUUUCAAUUUGAGAUCUAUCUUUUCAUUUUGAAUCAAUGGGUGUUACUGCAGAUGAAGAAUAUGAUUACUUGUUCAAGUUGGUUUUGAUCGGUGAUUCUGGUGUUGGAAAGUCUAAUCUUUUAUCUAGAUUUACUAGAAAUGAAUUCAACUUGGAAUCUAAAUCUACUAUUGGUGUUGAAUUUGCUACCCGUAGUGUCAAGAUUCUUGAUAAGCUUGUUAAGGCUCAGAUUUGGGAUACUGCUGGUCAAGAAAGAUAUCGUGCAAUCACAAGUGCUUACUACCGUGGAGCCGUUGGUGCAUUACUUGUGUACGACACAACAAGGCAUGUAACAUUUGAAAAUGUGGAGAGAUGGUUGAAGGAGCUUCGAGAUCACACAGACGCCUCCAUUGUAAUCAUGCUUGUAGGAAACAAAGCAGAUCUUCGACACUUGCAAGCCGUGUCAACAGAAGAAGCAACCACAUUUGCAGAGAAAGAAAACAUAUAUUUCAUGGAAACUUCUGCACUCGAGUCACUGAAUGUGGAUAGUGCUUUCGUGGAAGUGCUGACUCAGAUAUACAAUGUUGUGAGCAAGAAGGCUCUCGAGAAAGAGAACGGUUCUGCAUCAUUGCCUAAGGGAGAGACUAUCAAUAUUGGUAAAGAUGAUGUGUCAGAGGUUAAGAAGAGUGGAUGCUGCAGUACAGCAUAGUGUUUGAAUUGAAAGAUGUAUACAGUAGAAGAGGAAGAUCUUAGUUACAUAGUAAAUUUUCAUCAUUUUGGGAUUCAUAUGAAAUGUUUUGAUAUUUGAUUGAUACCUUUAUUUACCAUUGAACAUUUUCCUAUUUGUUUGUUGUGGCAAAGUCAUUAUUUUGAGAUGUUUUUGUUUUGCUCUGCCUCAAGAGCUCAUUAUUGUUGUUACAGUUUUGAUGUGUUGUUAUUAUCUUCAAAUCUUUACCUUCA